AUGACCUCUUACCAUGUAGAGUUUUCAGCCCAGCCGCCCUCACCCAUCGAAAAAGGCCAUAGCAACUCCCCCUUUCUUCCUGCGUCUCCGCCGCGCUCUGGGAAAGGAUUCUACCCCUUCCUCACCCUCGAGCUGCCUGUGGGACCCUGGAAAGGUUACAGCGAUCACCCUGCCCAUACCUCCAGCCCUUCCCCAAACCAGGGCAAAGGGUGCAUCAACUCCACUCACCCUCUGGGUUCUCCCCAAUUCUCUAGAGACCCUUUCUCAGGCCUCACCUGUAGCCCCGGAAUUUCUUCCGAAACUGGCAUGCUCGGCUCCCUACCGGAACCGGUUCCCUCCCAGCCCCCACCGCCCCUCUCCCCACCCCCACAACCUCCCCUACGCCUGGCGAGAUGUUCUUUUGAACCCUGUUUGCCACUCGGAAGGCAAUCCUACCGCGAGCCUAUCCACUUGGGUUCACCCCCUCCAAGCCCUUGUUUUCACCGAUUCAGAUUUAUGGAGUCACCCCCUUACCAUCCGCAGAGCCCUUAUUGCAGCUUGAUGAGUCCUCCGAGAACACGGUGGCCCUGUCCCAGAAGCCCUUACAUUGAUCAGAACACGUACCUUUGUUACUCUGUUCAGUAUCCGUCAGCCCUGGUAACAUACCCGGUGACUGGCCCCAUGAUUUCACCUUACCUUGCUCACCGGCCCAUGGAAUAUAGACCAAUAAUUUCCCCACCCCCUUCUCCCAGGGUUUUGGAGAUCUCACAGAUCUCGCCCCUGUACCCCACCUGGUCCUCAGGGAGAAGUUAUAAUGAUUCUCUUUCUUCAGCAUCUUCCCCACCCACUGGCCAGCUUUACCUAGGUCGUUUUAAGCCUCCAGACUCAUGUAAACCUCAACCCCAGCUUGACCCACCCCUUGAGAAAAAUUAUUGUGGCUCCCUAUUUCCUCAGGCAAAUACGCCUGGCUGUCCUCGCUCACCUCAAGAGGACUCACAUCACUAUUCCCAUCUUCCCCCAGAGGCCCACGUAUCUACCCCUGGGAGCCCUUAUUGUGGCAACCCUUUACCAGCUGGGAUGAUUGAUUCUUCUUGCUCACCCCAGUCCCAGGCUUCCAGGAAGCCUUGCUUAGAGUCUGUUUUCUCUUGGGAGACUAAUGGGAAUUCGUACCUUGUUUCUGGCACCCCGAUUUCUGGUUCCCCCUGUUCCCAGGAACCACCUCUUCCCCUGUCUGCGCAGUAUCCUAAUUCUGCCUUCUCUUUCCCUUCACCCCUGGGCAACCAGUUUAUAUCUCCACCUCAGUCACCUCCCCGUAGAAGCUAUAAUGAACCCUCUCUCCUUACCCCAGUUUGUCCCCAAGUGAAGUCCACCAGAUCUCCAGAGUUAAAACAGCCAUAUGUUCCCUACAGCCCUGCCCAGGACACUCCCUUUGACCAGCCCAAGGCCCCUAAGGAUAGCGCCUCUCCUCCACUUCCCUCCCAUCCUCUUGGUCUCUCUGAUCCUUGUUCCAUUACAACUUGUUCAAAUUCCUGCCCCCAAACACUUCCCCAAGGGACUGUCUUACCUACUCCGGUUCCUAGAACCCUAAAAACUGUUAACCCCACUUCACUUCCCCCCUGCCUUCCUUGUGACCCUCUCUUACCUAAUGUUUGUGUUCAGAGCCACCCCCAUGGACCUCCUCUGGGAGCCCCUUGCAAUACCCAUAUGUAUUCUGUGGUUCCCUCCACCCCUAAUCCCUGCCCACUCUCUGGUUCCACUGGUCCCCCUCAGUGUUAUAACCAGCCCAUGGUGACUCCUUGUGGCACUUAUGGCUCUCCCAGAGGCCCACCCCAACCCCCUCGACAGCCUGUAGGACCUCCAUGUUCUACCCACAUCUAUUCAUAUAUCCCUUUAAGAACACCUUUUGAUCCCCAAAGUUUACCCAUUGCCCCCCGACCCUGCGGCCACCCUGAUACUACGCCCUGUGGCCUUCACGUCUACUCUGUGGCUCCUCAAGGCUCUCGCAAAGAGCCCCCCCGGAUACCCUACAGCUCUCCAUUGCUUUCACCCACGAGUUCCGGCUGUAGUAGCAAUAUUCCCAGCUGUAGUUCAACUGUUCUAAUUAGUGAAUGCCAGAGUAGUGACAACCAGAGCAAGAAUAUCCACCAAAGCAGAAGUCGGAGCCAGUGUGAGACUCACAGCCAUCCUAGCAGAAGUCGGAGUAAAAGCAAGUGUUGCCAUCUUAGCAGAAAUCCGAGCCAGACCAAUACCUCCCACCAAAGCUUAAAUGAGGAUCAGAGUGAGAAUCUUCAACUUGGUAUAUUUCAGAGACAGAGUGAGAGUCCCCAAUAUAGAAAAAGCCAAGGUCCAAACAAGAGUUCCCUCCAUAACAAAAGUCUGAGUCAAAACAAGAGUUCCCACCAACUCAAAAGGCAGUGCAAGAACAAAAGCUCCCCUCAAGGCAGGAACCGGAGCAAGAGUCCCCAGCGUAAGGAAAAAUGAGAGCCAAGAGCAAGAGUUGUGAAAUCCAGGCCAAAGCAGAAUUCACAGACAGGAACAGGACUGCCAGCCAUAGUAAACACUCAGCUGUGGCAAUCAGGACCAACUUAUGGACUUCUCAGUUGAUACCUUUAUUUUCCUUUUAAUCUACUUUUAUGCUCGUCAAGCC